CGACCGGCCUCUAAUUACGUUUCCACUGCGAAGUAGCAGUCUCACAUGGCUGCACAAGGGGCUAUCAACGAUGGAGCGACUGUGCUGACGCCCAGCCACUCAACUUCUGUCUCGGCUUUAUGUGUCUGGGAAGAUAAAUUGUACAGCGCUGGAAAGGACAAAGAUAUCAGAGAAUGGGACAUUAGCAGUUUAGCCCUUUUGCGCACAUUCAAGGGACAUACCGGUUGGAUUCGGGCUUUAGUGGCCGGGCCAUUCUAUCUCUUCAGUGGCUCUUGGGAUGACACAGUUAGAAUAUGGUCUCUGGAAACGGGUGUAUGCGCGUUCGUCCUAUCCUGUCCAUCUGCCAAUGCUCUGUACUAUGAACCAGCGACGCUUCGACUCUACUCGGGUGGCGGGUACAGCCGUGUAGUAUGCGAAUGGGACGUUUCGACUGGAGUCCUUACAGGAGAGAUGGAGCCUCGCGACCAACAGAUUGGGGGCACAGUGGGAUGUAUGGUUGGAGAUGGGGUGCGGCUGUUUGUAGGUAUGACCGAUGGGGCUAUCUCGUUGUACAAUUUGGAUACGGGAACAGGUAUGGGGUUUUUUGAUGGCCAUGCAGCGGAGGUGACAUCAAUAGUUUUACUGGAUGAAAAGUGCUACUCUAGUGGGAAUGAUCGGAGAAUUCUGGAAUGGGAUGUUCCUACUGGCCAGUUGUUGCGGAGAUUCGAGGGGCACGAGGCAUUUGUAUCUGCUUUGGCUGUUGUUCCGCCUCCAGUCUCAGACAGCGAAAGUCAUGACAGUGGGCCUUUGAAUGGUCAAGCAGAGGCAGAUGCACAUGAGGGCAAACUCAUCAGUGGAGCUUGGGACGGGACGGUGAGAGUAUGGGAUUUGGUCACUGGCACCGCCGAAGGAUAUUUGAAAGCCCAUCGGCUCAGCAUCAAUGCGUUGGUGAACGUCAAUGACAAACUCUUUACUGCUGAUGCUGAAGGUGCGAUCAAAAGCUGGAAUUUGGAAUCAAUCCCAGCACCGCCGCCCCAUCUCGACGCAGUUGCCAUCUCAAUGACACCACCCCCGGCGCGGCAUCUGUUUAACCCGUACGUCUUCCCUCCGCCGAUGCCACCGUACUACCAAGCCUUGCCACCACAUAUGAUGUACACCCAACAUCCCAGCCAAGCCUCCGGACCCUCUACAACAAACGCACCUCAAUUUCGCCCUCGCCCACCUCCACAAGGAGGACAAAUAUGCACGUUCUUUCUGCAGGGCCGCUGCAGAUUUGGCGAUGCAUGUCGAAACAUACAUCCGCCACCUGUGGUAGACGCUAAUGGGAUGGGGAUGGCUCUGUAAGAAUCUUCCAUCUAGGUAUGAUGCAGGAAUUGGAGGUACUGGCAGGGCCGGCGAGUUGCAUGGUAGUUAAUGAUUGCGUAUUCGGUUUCGGUGUCAUGGGAGGGACCGCGUGAACAUGAGCUUGGUGACUGUUGAAUACUCGGCAUGUAUUUUCGUUUUAGGUUGUAGCUCCUUGAAAUUGUGGCGGGAUGCAUGUAUAGUAUAUAUCUAUUUUUGUGUAUAUAGAAUACGGUCGUGCCUGUCUAGUUGAUGG